AUGGGUCAAGAUCUGUCAUUGGAUAAAUUGAAAACUCUCGAUUUACUUACAGUGAAUAAUCAACGCUCCAAUAAUAUAUUGUCGGCUGAGAGAAAAGAAGAUGCUUUUCUGUUUCUACCAUUGGAAGUGAUUGAUGCUAUUAGUAAGAAUUCGAUCUCAUCACCUGGUCGUGAUCAGAAAAGUUCAAUUGAAUUUCCUAUCACGAAACAAACGUUGAGCAAACAAAUUCGACAGGAUCUAUUUUUGCUAACAAAUUCAUCUGCCGUAGAUGAAUUGAACACAAAAAUCGCAAAUAUAAUUACACAAGUAUUCGAUCGUAUUGCAACGACUAAUGCAAAUUUACAAAAUGCCAUUCAAUCGAUCAACGAUAAACAACAGCAAUUAAAAAAUUCAUACGCUGAAAAAUUAAACGACGAUAAAAAUAUAACGACUUCCAUAUUUGCUCAAUCGUUUAAUGAUUCUGCCAAUUCGAAUAACGCAUCGAGUGAAAAUAAAAAAGAAUUGCAUCAGUUUCAAGCUGAACAACUCUCAUUUUUCGCGGUUCAAUCGUUAAUAUCCAUGCUCAUGAUGCUACUCAAAUCGAUCCACCAAUAUGAUUCUACUAUUGUUCAUCAAAUGCUCAAUUUAACAAAUCAACUUAUCGAACAAAUUCCACUGAAUUAUCUGUCGCCUGAUAUUUAUAAACAAUCGAGUAAUUUGUUUAAAUCUUUAAAACCAUUGACUAAUUAUAUCCAUGAACUAUCGAAACACACGGAAGUCGAUCCUAUCGCAGCAAGUCAAUCGAUUAAAAUCUUGUUGAAUUUUUCAGUGAUCAAAGCAUCAUUGAAAGAAGCUCUACCUUUGAUAAGAAGCUUAAUGUUCAAUACAACUGAUACUUAUGACAUACGAAGAUUAUUCAUUGAAUUGAAUAACGAUCUAACAAAGACAAUGGAUCAAAUCGAAAAAGAAAAACAGACACGAUCUGAAACAACAACUACACCACAGGGUGGUGCAGCGAAUAGUAAUGAAACAUCGACAGCACCGGCUAAUACAGAAUCACCCGUAUCUACUGAGAACACAUCCGAUAAUCAAUGUAAUUUUUCGGCUGCAUUGGAAUAUCUAAAAUCCAUUGAAGCAUUUCCAAACACACAAUUAUUAACAAUAAACGAGAAGAAAUUCACUGGCCAAUUCAUAUCGUCAGUGUUACUUGUUCACAUCGAUCUACACAAUCAACUUCAAGCAAAAUCACAAUUCGAUCGGGGCUCCAUGCACGGUUCAUUUUCAUUUUCAUUCGAAUCAGAAACAUUCAAAUAUUUGUAUGAAUUAAUCGAACAAUUCCUCGCAGGGCCGCCGUCGAAUCAUAAUUUUGAGUACAUCUUGGACGUUUGUCUACGGCUUUUUACAACACAUUUACAAUUUUUAAUAGCGUCCAAAAUUGAUAAUUUCCAUGACUUCUUAAGCGAAAGUGAUAUUGAAAAAUGGUUUACGCUAAUAUUAAAAUUAACUCUGCAUGAUAAAUCAGAAGAAAGAAAAAAACAAGUAUCGAAAGCAUUGAUCUAUUUGAUGGAGAAACAAACGAAAUCAUUUUUUGAGAUGUUAGCAUUCACUCAUAGAUACAUCAUGGAAAAUAAGCAUCCGAUAUUAGUCGAACUAUUCUUUGAUCUUUUGAAGAAAGAUGUAUUCAUAUAUAAAUGGAUCGAAGCUCUCAGCGUUGAUCAUCCUGCUCAAGACAAAACAUUAGCAUAUGCAACUUUACAUUCAUUUAUUGACAUUGUCUUAAAACCGAGUUCGAUGGAUGCUGAACACGUUAAGCGUAUACAGGAUAUUGUACGUAUGUUUCAAGAACUGCUAUUCGUAUAUUUGAAUAAUCAACCCAUCACUGUACCAGAUAAACUCGAAUCAUCUGCUCUAUCAACUGUUUUUAUCGAAUAUGCGACGCAUGUGAUUCAAUAUUGCAUCAAGGAAGGUAUCAAAAGUGAUCUAUUAGACCGACUUCUUCUUGGUUUAUGUGCUCUCACUGACGGCAAAUUUAACUUUGCUAUAAUACAACCCAUUUUUGCUACUCUUCUACCAUUGUUUGCCGAAUAUUUAAGUCAAACAACAGCAACAGACGAUGUCGACACACCAAAGAGUUAUCUAAUUUCGUGGCUGCUAGGAAAGAUGAGUUACCGUUUAAUUGUCGGUCCACCACAAAGUCCAUUAGAGAAAAAAUACAGUACUACAUUGAAGUUACCGUUAUUCGCUGGUGGAUACGAAACGUUGGCCACAGAGAACAAUUCCUAUUUAUCGCAGUUGUUUAAGUCUGAUUUGGUUGUUUACAGUCAAUUUGUAUUACCCUAUCGACGCCAACAAUCAUUGCUAGAUAGUGAGUUUUUACUCUCGAUUUAUAACAACGCCGAUCAAGGUGCACAAUUGAUUUCAAAAAUGAAAUUAUUUAUUCGAGACAAACAACGUGUCUUACCAAAAUCCAUUGAAUCCGAUGCAAAUGAUGCGUCUGCUGCCGUAUUUGCCGUCUAUAUCAAACACUACCGUCGUAUUGAUCUCGCUCAACACGAACUAACUCAACCGAUCGAUCAACGGCCACAUGCUAAACUUCUUUUACUCUAUGACUAUGCCAAUCAAGUACGAACAGUUUUCGCAACUACAAAAGCUCGAGGUGGCGAUUGUAAUGAACUUUGCAAACGAAUUAAAAACGAUGCAUUAUUAUUACUUGCAUCGGUCAAAGAGAGUGAAUUCAUUCCAACAAUUAAAGAGGAUUUCGCGUUGGUAAUGCCUAUCGCGAAGGAAUUUAAACUGCAACGACAAACAUCACGUUGGACAAAAGCCAAACAUAUUCUUCGCGUACUUCGUCAUGCGAUGAAUGCUUGUGUACGAUUGAAAUAUUUGAUGUUAGAAAAAAAACAAGCCGUCGAACAAAAAAAGGAUUGCGAAAGUGUCUUACAUCGUGCUAUUGUUACUUGUCUCUAUGGAAACGAUGUAUCGGCAGCGGCGGUGGGAAACGAUGAUUUGAAAAUUGAACCGGACGAAGUUGUUCAAUGUUUGAUUCGACAGUAUCAACGUGCUAUGACUCGAUUAAUUACCUAUCGAUUUUGUUCUCAAUUUAUCGAACAAUUAAUCAAUGUGAAAGAUAAUAAACGAGUUCUCAAUAUGCUUGUUAUGACUCUGUCGAAUUUGAAAGAUAAUAAUUUAGAUUGGCAUUAUCUCGAACAUGUUCAAGCAUCGAAUCAACAAUUGAAAAAAGAUAUCGGGUAUCGAUACUAUUCAAUUGUAAAACAAAUAUUAUCAUUUUCAAAGGAAUCUUCGAUGGAAUCCAAUACAAAAGCAAUAUUCAUAUUUUCUCUAUUUAAUCAAGUGAAUCUUUCCUAUGAUUUAAAGGAUUUAUGCCAUUUAAAUCAUUUUCAAUAUGUUCAAGAACUAUUCGAUUUGUUCGUGAGUUACAUUCACACGAAUUCGACUGAUGCCGUUUCAACCGAUAUGAAACUUGCAGCAUUCAAUUGGUUUCGUCUGUUGGUAUUGAGAUUAUGUGAAAAUAUUGACAUAGAAGAAUUACGAAGUAAAACCAAUCUCGGUAGUCGAAAAUCUCAUAAAAUCUUAUUACAACAACGUGAUUUGAUUUUUAACAAAUUAAUUUUAUCUGAACUCAAACAAUUGCAAGAAAAAAAAUCGACUGCUGUGUCAAAUAGCGAAAAUGAAAAUCCAUCAUUGCAAAAUGCUUCAAUCGGUUAUUUUAUUAAAUCAACAACAUCCGAAGAAUCAUCAUUGCCGUCGUUCAAUGUUGAUGGCUGCAUCAAUCAAUACCUGAUGCUUCUACUUCGCUGUGCUCAUUUAUAUGAUCAUGUUCGAUCGAACUAUGCCACCAUGGAUUAUAUUCAACAGCUAUUGAUUUUGUAUCAUCAAAAUCAACUUAUUAGUACGCGCCUACUAGCAUUGAAAAUCAUACGUGACUUAUUGGUAUUCUUACCGGAGAAUACAAACGAAACAACGACGCGAUCUUUUGUUGAAAAUUUAUUAACUGAUAUUUUAUUGACUAUUGGUCAAAAUUUUAAUUUAUUAGAAACAACUAAAACAAGUCUCGAUAUUGUCAUUGAACUCGUCUAUAUCUAUCGUACGAUGAUUUCACAAAAUUCACCAUGGCAAAAAGUAGCAACUAAAUUCAUUGUUGAUGCUAUUAAAUCGAGCACAAACUUUAAUUUUGCGUCAUUGGAAUCUGUUGACAUUCGACAAAUAAAUCUCUUUCUCGCAUCAUUAUGUAUCCUAGGUGGUUACAUUCGACCCUAUUGUUUAGGGUCGACUGUAGAAAUCUUUGUAGCUAAUAGAAGUAUUCAUGAAUUGGAGUCAGCAACAAUUAUCGAAAUCAAUGCCAGUGCUCUUGACACUGAUUCAACGGAUAUUACACCGUAUUUCGUACAAUAUUCGUCAACAAAUCAAACUGAAUGGGUUUCAUCGAAUCAAUUGCGUAUCAUGACUGAUGUUCUACCACCGAAUCUCGUACUUCUACCAAUGGAUGAUGCAGUACAUACUAUUCUCGAUACAUUAGGCUAUCUGGCGCAAAUCGAUACAACAAGCAUUGAUUCAUUACUGUUAUUGCAAAUAAAGCGUCGCGCGAUAACAGCGUUUUAUCCAUUAUUAAAUAAUAAGGCAACUAUUGAUAUUUUCAUGCAAAAACCUUAUGCAUCUAUUAUUGCCAAAUUAUCGAUAUCGGUUGAUAGUGUUGACUCAAUCAAUGCUACGCAAGCCAAUGAUUUACGAUUGUUUAAUCGAUUACAUUUAGAACAGUAUGAUUUAAGUUUAGAUAAAUGCGAAAGAACACAACAAAUCGUGGAAGACGCACAGAAUAUGGUGCGAACUGCAAAUGAAUGGAAUCAAAUGAAAAUCAUUCGUGAUUCAAAUGCUCUUCAAAUCUUAUCGCCAACGGAUUCAAUAGAGGAAACUUGGAAACCGAUUGCAUCGAAAAGACUGUUACAAUCCUAUCGACGAGGUCGAAUUGGAACGGACGAUAUUCGUAUUGUUUCUUUGCCUGCAAAUGAUACUCUACCAGCAUUGGAAGAAUGUGGUGAUAAACACAAAUUCAAAGGAAGAAUUAAUAUCACUGAUGAUACUAAUACCAUUCGUUAUCCAACUUUUAUUCUCGACGGUGUAGAAUUUACCGAAGGUAAUUGGUAUUUCUGCGUCAAACUUAUGUUAGGUGGUGCAGCACAAAUUGGCUGGGCAACAACCGGAUUUACUCCUAUGCCGGAGAAUUCAAAAGGUGUUGGUGAAGAUCAGUUUUCAUGGUGCUAUGAUGGAUCACGUGGAAUUUGCUAUCAUAAUACAAGCACUAGUUUUGGCCAUGAAACUCGCUGGGACGCUGAGGAUGUGUGUGGUUGUGGUAUUGAAAUCGAUGGCGAAAAUACGACGAUCAAAUAUUGGUUGAAUGGCAAAUUCUUAGGUACGGCAUUUUCACAUUCAAGCAAUACAACUAUUGAAUCAAUCAUAAAAACGGAUUUAUUGCCCAAUGGACUUGGUAGUACGAGAUAUUUUCCUGGUGUUACUGUACAAGUUUAUAAUAGUGUGGCUAAUACAGGUGCUAUUGAAUUCAUAUUCAGCCCGGAAGAUAUGACUAAAUGUCCUUUGCCAAAAGGUUACAAACCAUUAUUAGUGCCAACAUUAGCAACAAUAGACAAUGUAUUAGUCGCUUAUCCGUACAGUGCUUACCUCGUUGGUAAUAAUAAAAAUGAAUAUUUCUAUAUGAAUCGAUGUUCAAAGAAGGAUUUGACGGACGAGAAAACAUCUAUGCUACGUGAUUUUGUCAAUGAUCAUCAUUUCGAAGUACCAUUCAAUAGUGCUGCAAUUACCGUUGAUCAUCAUCAAUUAAAAUUAACGGAAGAUAGUGAUGGUUUCCCAUUGUCGAUUGAUACUUGUCAAUCGUUGACCAUCAGUUUCGAUUUUGAAAUUUUUCCAACGGACAGCUCGGAAAAUCAUGCUGAUGGACUUGAUAUAGUGUUAUUCUCGUUGGAAAACGAAAUAUUUUCUAGUCGAAUAUCUAUCAAUAAUAUGAAUGAUGAUUUUAUUGAUGAAACUAUGCCAAAUCGACAGCGUGUUGCCAUUGUAUUUCAAAACAACGAACAGACCAAAGUCUACAUUAAUAAUAAGUAUCAAACAUUGAACUAUUGUCAUACUUUUGAUUUAAGAACAAAGCCAAAAUUGAAUCUACAUCUUUUACCGUAUGCAAAUGUCGGCAUUCAAAAUAUAGGCAUAUGGAAAUAUGCACUUUCGGAAGAACAUAUUCGACGUCUUUUCACAUAUGCACUCAUGCAUGUUGGUAACGAUUAUGAAAAAUUGAAUGAAUAUCGACGACAAACAAAUACACUGACGUUUAAUGCAGAUCAGAAAUAUUUUGUAAAUGAAACACUGAUUCCAUUCAACGAACCUUUUGAUGAAAAUCUAUGGGAAACAAGAAAACAACAUGUUGAUCAUGAUGAAUCGUUCUAUUUCAAAACUAUACCAGAAAAGAAUCGAUCAGUUAUACAAUUGCUUGGCAAUAAAACUUAUUUAGUUUUAAACACUGCAAAUCAAGUUUGGCCCGAAUAUACACUGAUUCUCGAUAUUUAUCUACCCUCGCUUCCGUCAAUGAAUAGUCCAUCGAAUAAUGAGGCUCGAUUAACAUUAUUGACAUUGGAUACUGAAUCAGAAAUUUACAUAACUCACGAUGGCCAUAUUUGUGUAUCCGGAGGACAUCAGAGUUCAUCAACAGUGAAAGUGGAGGAAUACAUUCGUUUAUUUAUUUCUGUUCAACAGAAAUCCAUUCAAAUAUAUGUUGACGGUUCAUUAGAAAUCAAUGCAUCAAUUACAGAUGACCAAUUUUCAACAAAAAACAAGCGUAUGGAUCUAUUCCGUGAGACAGAUCCAAUCAAAAACACUACCGGCGAUGAUCAACUACGCAUUCAAUGCCAAUCGAUCACAUUUUGGAAUAGAUCAGCCGAUACUCUCAGUUCUUCGGUAGUACAAUUGAUCAAAUCCACUGAGCAUUCUUUAGAUAAACUUGUUACUAUACCAUUUUCGGUUCUCUCUACCAGUCUGUUAGGCAUCGGUUACAAAGAAGAAUCAAUUAAAUAUGUAAUGGAACAAUUUAAUACGACAAAUAUUCAUUUCAUCGAUACCAUUCUGCGCGAACAGCAUCAACAAAUAGAAAAUGCAUUUAUACAAAAUGAAGAAAAGAAGAAGAAAAACGUAAUAACAAGAUUGAAUUCCUAUGACGAACAUGGAACAUUAACAAUGUUGAUGAAAGUCAACGAUGAGGCGAAGCCAACGCCAUCUACUGAUAUUUUAUCUGAAAUUGCAAAUGUUGAUGAUGGUGCAUCAGUAGAAAAAGAAUGGUUUCGUAAAGCUGCUUGUCAUAUAGGUAUACAUGCUACAUUCGUUGAUUGGGCUCAAGAUAGAUCAAAGAACAAUGGAUCAAGGACCGAAGAUUCUCGUUACAAACUUGUCAAUCUAACUAAAGUCGAUUCUGGAGAAACAACAAUUGAUGAUGAAUCAAGAAAAAAGUUGAACAAAUCAUUACAUUAUGUACAUCGACAAAUACCACGGAAGACCUACCUUCAAUCACGUAAGAGCUGUGAAUACGGGCUCAUAACGAUCAACGCACGUUACACCAUAUUGAAUAUGUUAAAAGUUUGGUCUCAAGAAGAACAUUCAAGUUUGUUUCCACUUCACAAAUUUGGCGGCGCGAAAUUUAUUGUAACAUUAUUACGUUUGAUGGAUUAUCAUUAUACAUGUAGACGUACACAUGUCGGUGAAACUACCAAUUGGAUGACAUUGUUGACGAUGUCGAUAUUGAAAGUUGAGUUCAAAGCAUUAUUGAAAUCUACGACCCAGGAUCCAAUCACUGAAGAAAUUCUCAAUACAAAAGCACCGCUGUUUUAUCAAUUACAAAAACAUGUCGUUGAAGAAUCGAUUCGUUUUCUUGCUGAACCAAAUUUGAUCGAUGCGAAUAAUUAUGACGAUGAAACUGUCAAUGAACGAAUGUUAGUGAAACAAUCAAAUUCAGAUUUUCUUCUGAAAAUUAUCAAUCUCUUUUUGGAAUUGUUUACUGAUUCUGAAAUGAAAAAAUACAACGUUGAUCAAAUGAUUCGAUUACUAUUUCCAACGGUAUCCAUCAAAAUACUAUUCGAUCUAUUUAUGUUAUUGCCAUCGCACCGAUCGAAAAUAUUUAUUCUCAAAAUAUUUACUACAUUAAUUCAAGCGAGUGAAAAUUUCAAAUUACACGCAGAUAUUCUACAUUUUAUUCUACAACUUUUUAUUGAAUUAAUCACAAACAAAGCAUGUUCGAGUACUUUAGCAUUUAGAAAUUUUCGAAAUGCUACUAUGGGUCUUGCAUUUGCUGUGUUUGAAAGACAGAAGGAACUGAUUUUAGGAUUGGACGAAUGCCCAUCGGAAGCACGCAAUAUGUGGCUUCUUAUCGAUGUUAUGAAUAUUAUAACGAGCAAAGAAAAACAAUCCGAAUGGCCCGAACAAUUUCUUGCACAAUCAGGCUCACUUCUAGGCGAAAAAUUCCUAUUGACUAAAGAUAUGGUUGCCAUGACUCAGACCUUUUUUGACAUGAACGCUAAUGGACAAUUAAUGAAGUUUUUGAAUUUAAAUAUUAAUCUCGAUUGGAAUCCACUACCACAUGAAUCAUUAAACCAAUUCAUCGAAGCUUUACCAGCCGAAUCUACUCCUGAUUCGACUAAAUAUAAUUCAUAUACUUGCUUAUGUGACAUACCCUCUGUACAUAUACAAACACGUGCUAAACUUCUAUAUUUAUUCAAUACUUUUCUUGGUACAGUUCUGCCGAUGAUUGAUUUAGGUUUACCGUCAGACAACAAUAAUAUCGCCGGUCGAAUUCGAGCGGCAAGAAAUUAUAUAUUGUUUACAACCAAAUAUCAAUUGUUUAAUGAUAGCUUAAGUAAAACUGUGGACGGUUCAGGAUCAUCGCAAGAAGUAAGAUUUGAUACUGUAACAUCUACCAUCGGCGAACAUCCUCACGAUACAAUGUUCUAUCAAGCGUAUUCGCAAGCUUAUGCUAAUGCAUGUCAAACAUUUCGAAAAUCGAAUAACGAUCGAGUUUGGUCGGCUACAUUUGUAGGCAUGCAUAGUACGGAUGCAGGUGGACCCUAUCGAGAUUCGCUGACACGCAUUUGUGCCGAUAUAUGUAGUACACGUUUACCGUUAUUUAUUAUCUGUCCAAAUGGCCGCACGAAUAGUGGUUCAAAUCGUGAUCGAUGGAUUCCGAAUGUUUUCCCACCGAAUCGACCUAUACCUGAUGAGUUCAAGAAUCAGUAUCGUUUCGUUGGACAACUCAUGGGCAUGGCAAUACGUACAACAAAUCUUUUGGAUAUUCGAUUUCCGACUUUACUCUGGAAGCAAUUACUUUACCAAACAGUCACAAUUGAAGAUAUCGAAGCUAUUGACAUGCAAAGUUUUACUAUUAUCAAUCAAAUGGAAGAAAAUAUUAAACAAGUUCAAUGUCUUAAUGACUCUGAAGAUGGCGAUUAUCUAUUCAGUAGUAUCAUGAGUGAGCUAACAUUUGAUGUUGUUAGUUCGGCGGGACAGACUUAUGAACUUAUUCCUGGCGGUUUGCAUACGCCUAUAACAGCUACUAAUUUCGAAGAUUAUUGUAUGCGCUAUCGACAAUAUCGUGUGAAUGAAUUCCAUCGACAAAUCAAUUUCAUUCGGGAAGGUCUAUACAGUAUCGUACCAUCGUGUUAUUUGACUUUGUUCACAACUACAGAAUUGGAAGAAGCUGUUUGUGGUAAAGGUUACAUUGAUAUUGACAUGUUGAAACGUCAUACUAGUUACAAUAAUGAUAGCGAAACAACGCCACAUAUUGGACGAUUUUGGACUGUUCUACGUGAUAUGUUUAGUGAAGAACAGAAAAAAUUAUUUUUAAUAUUCGUUUGGGGACGAAAUACAUUACCGAAUAGAGACGACGAUUUUCCCACCAGUUUUUCAAUAACUCGUUUGGAUGCAGCUGGUAAUGUCGAUGAAACUCUUCCAAAAUCACACACAUGUUAUUUCACGCUUGAUUUACCACCAUAUUCAACGAAAGAAAUCAUGUAUGAACGUUUAAAUUAUGCUAUUACAUAUUGCUCCAGUAUUGAUACCGAUGGAACUCUUAACUAG